AUGGCUUCUAUCACGGCAUUUCCAGAUUCUAACGGUUACACAAAAUCAUUUUCUCUGGAAGAAACAUCUGAACUGUUAGAAUUUUUCGAAGAAUAUGGGUUUGUCGUUGUACGAAAUAUCAUCGACUCUCAAUCGCAAAUUGAAGAAACCAUUGAUGAAAUUUGGAGUUUGCUACAAGUUCUUAAUCCAAAAAUUGACAAAAAUGAUAGUUCAACAUGGGAUAAUAAGUAUUGGCCAAUUCAAAUGGGUCUCAAAGAUGGUGGUUUCAUAUCACAUAUGUCGGACGUUGCAACAAAAAUGUGCUGGGAAAAUAGACAACAUCCUAAUGUUGUUCGAUUAUUUCAAAUUCUUCUUAAACAUGAUGAUCUUUGGGUUCGAUAUGAUCGUUAUGGAAUGAUGAGACCUACCAAAGGUAUUGCCUUUAAACAGAACGACAAUGAUGGAUCAGUAAUAUUCGAAGAUAGACCUGAAUGGAGAUCAAAGCCAAAUUGGUUACAUUGGGAUCAGAAUCCUUGGAAAUAUCCAGAUUUUAUUGGUGUACAAGGUCUUCUCGCAUUGAGUGACACAAAUCCAACUACCGGAGGAUUUCAUUGUGUUCCUGGAUUCACUCAUCGUUUUAAACAAUGGUCGAUCGAUAAUGAAAAGGAACAUAAAAGCCGUGGUGGACUUGUUAAUGUGCCCGAAAAUGAUUCCAUACGAAAUGAAGUCAAACAAGUUCAUGUUCAAAAAGGUUCUUUCAUUGUAUGGGAUUCACGAUUACCACACGGCAAUUUUCCAAAUGAGAGCGAUCAAUUUCGAAUUGUUCAAUAUAUAACAUUUGAUCCAGCCAAAGAAGAUGACAAGCGUGAAUUAACAAGUCGAAUUGAUGCUUUUCAUAUGUGUACAUUAAGUUCGAAAGCGGAUGAACAACUUGCUGGAUUUCCAGAACCACAGCUAACUGAACUUGGAGAAAAGAUUGUUGGAUUGAGAAGUUGGAAAACAAAUGAGAGAGUCAAAAGUUCUUUUGAAUGA